AAGCUGAUAAUCAGGCGUCGUUAUUCAUCUCAGCACCGUGAGACAAUUCGUCCGGGCAGUAAAGUUUAUCAGUGUACGACAUGCAGGUACAAAACUGCGCACGAAGAUCGUUUCCAGGAACAUCGCAUCGAUCAUGCUGUGCGUAUCCAACAGCGUCUAACGACAUCAAUUAAGCGAGCUGCACAAGGUGGGGAUCGUUGGAUAAAGCCAAGAUUUACCCGCAAAGGGACGCGUGUCGCAAAUCAGCUAACAUGCUCCAAAUGCUCCUUUUAUUGUGACACUGCCGUAGCAUACAAUACGCAUAUCGAGAUGCAUGGGGCAAAGUCGAUUUUCACAUGUUGUGUCUGCGACUAUUCAUCAAUGACGAAGAACGUUGUUGAUUUUCACGAAGCCAAUCAUCAUUUGCGCGAGUCGCUUUCAACUUUGGCUAAGAAUUUUUUGCUGCUGGAAAAUAUAACAGAAAUUUAA